AGUAGGAGAAGGGACUGGGGGAGUCUGGGUGUCGGGUAGGGGACUGACCUUUCAGGGUGUGCGAUCCCUGGCAGCUGAGCGACAGCGUGGGACCUGAAAGAGCUGGACCGAGAGUGAGAAGCCCACUCACUCACUGGAUGCUUCCUCGAACCCAAGCCUGACAGAUGUCGGGAGCUAUCUUCUCUCCCCUGGAGGGCCCGGGUGCCCUGGACGCUGCCAGCGGACAUCCGCUCGUGUGCCCACUGUGCCACGCGCAGUACGAGCACCCAUGUCUGCUAGACUGCUUCCACGACUUUUGCGCUGGCUGCCUGCGUGGCCGUGCGGCGGAUGGCCGCCUCGCCUGCCCGCUAUGCCAACACCAGACUGUGGUGAAGGGUCCCAGUGGGCUCCCGGGGGGCCCCCCGCCAGUGGACCGGCUGCUGCAAUUCCUGGUGGACAGUUCGGGGGAUGGCGUGGAAGGCGUGUGCUGUGCCAACUGUGACCUGGAGUGCAGCAAGCAGGACGUGGAGACCACAUACUUCUGCAACACAUGUGGGCAGCCCUUGUGUGCACGCUGCCGUGAUGAGACACAUCGGGCACGAAUGUUCGCGCGUCACGACAUCGUGGCCCUGGGCCAGCGCAGCCGCGAUGUGCUCCAAAAGUGCACUCUGCACGCAGAGCCCUACAUCAUGUUCUCCAUGGACAAGAAGUCACUGUUGUGCAUCCGUUGCUUCCGGGACAUGCAGGGGGAGAGCAGGGCACAUUGCGUGGACCUGGAGUCAGCCUAUGUACAAGGCUGUGAGAGGCUGGAGCAGGCAGUACUGGCCGUGAAGGCCCUGCAGACAGCCACGCGGGAAGCCAUCCUGCUGCUGCAGGCCAUGGUGGAGGAGGUGCGCAGGAGUGCAGCAGAGGAGGAGGCUGCCAUCCACGCCCUCUUUGGCAACAUGCAGGACAAACUUGCAGAGAGGAAAGUGCUGCUGCUGCAGACUGUGCAGAGCCAGUAUGAAGAGAAGGACAAGGCCUUCAAGGAGCAGCUCUCCCACUUGGCCAACUUGCUGCCCACCCUGCAGGUUCACCUGGUCAUCUGCUCAUCCUUCCUCAGCUUGGCCAACAAGGCUGAGUUCCUGGAUCUGGGCUACGAGCUUAUGGAAAGGCUGCAGGGCAUUGUGACAAGGCCACAUCGCUUAAGGCCAGCACAGAGCAGCAAGAUCACCAGCGACCACCGAGCGGAGUUCGCCCGCUGCCUGGAGCCGCUGCUGGUGCUGGGGCCACGACGCACAGUGACUGCCACUGGUGGUGCCAACACGCUGGCAGGGGGUUCAGGCCCCAGGGUACUGAUAGGGCCAAGCUGCCCUUCCCCAGUGGGAAAGAUGUCAGGAUCUCCAGUCCAGAAGCCUACACUACACCGGUCCAUCAGCACCAAGGUGCUGCUAGCAGAGGGCAAGGACACACCCUUCACAGAGCACUGCCGCCAUUACGAGGAUUCCUACCAGCACCUGCAGGGAGAAAUACAGAACCUGAAGGACCAGGUACAGGAGUUGCACCGGGACCUCACCAAGCACCACUCACUCAUCAAGGCUGAGAUCAUGGGAGACAUCCUACACAAGUCCCUGCAGCUGGACGCUCAGAUGGCCUUGGAGUAUGCCUCCACAGAGGCCAUGAGAGCCAUCUUCGAGGAGAUGUGGGAGGAAUCCUAUCAGCGAGUGGCUAACGAGCAGGAGAUUUAUGAAGCCCAGCUCCAUGACCUUCUCCAGCUGAAGCAGGAGAAUGCCUACCUGACCACCAUCACCAAGCAGAUCACGCCCUACGUCCGCUCCAUUGCCAAGGUGAAGGAGCGGCUGGAGCCCAGGUUUCAGUCACCUGUGGAUGAACAGUCAGAGAAUCUGCAAAACAUGUACGACGAACGAAGGAACUCUGUGGCCUCAACUGGGAAUGACUCGGGAAGUGUCACAGAAAAGAGAGAGAAGAUAUCAGAGCCUAAAGGAAACAGCUGGACGCCACACAGCCUCGGAAGAGCCUCCACUGAAAAAUAAAGAUCACCACAGACCCAAGGAGAAAAAUGGGGGAACAACCCCACAGGGACAGAGCCCUCAAUGUAACAAAUAAGACUGGUCCCAGGUUUUGCACUUCAAGACUGGGACGUCCAAGAAGAGGUGGUUCUCGUGGUUAUUUUUUUAACAACGUAAUAAUUUAUCAAGAGCAAAGCCCAGAGACUCUGACAGGUCAUAAUCUUCAAUUCUUUGGUUUGGGCUAAAUUUUGCUUUUUACUAUGUUCACAUGCAUGAAGUCUUGGUCCUUGUCACAGUAGCGUGGGACAAUUUGCCAGCCCCUAUGGAGAAUGUUCGGUGAGUGAACACCAGCCUACAAUCCUUCACCAUCUAUUUACUGAGUGUCAGGCCCUCCUGGUAUGAGUUUUAGGUAAUCAGACUCCACCACUGUGGGGCACCUGCUAUACCUUGAAGGAAUCUAGUUCUUCUGGAAUCACCGCCCCAUUGCUAACCUGGUGCCACUAGAAAGUUCCACCCUGCAAUCGGAAUAGUGACUCACCAGAGGGCAAAGGACUUCUGCUCCAGCCUCUCUCCCUGCAUGGCACAGGAAAAGUUCAUGAAGCCAAGGGAAAGAACCUGGCCAGCCUAUGGUCACGGCUAGAGUCACUUCUUCCCCCAAACUACUGUAACUCUCCUACGUUCCCCUUCUGUUGAUAGUAAAGCAUCAUAUAGCAGCAACCAUUUUUGUAGUAGCUUUUUCCUAGUACUUUCCAUUUCUACACAGUACCCUUUUUAUUGAGUUUAAUUUCUUUUUUUAAAAAAGUAACUUGCAUGAACUAAAAUGUUAAUGGUUUAGGGAGCAAAAUGAUGCCUAGAUGGUCACUUCUGAAGCAAAUACCCUGCUUGAUUCAGUGGUUUAAACAGCAAACAGCUUCUAUGUGCUCAGGAGGCCUGCCCAUCAAUGUAUCUAUCAAUAGACACCCCGUGCCCCUGCCCCUAUCUCAGAGCACUGACAUUCACAUUCCAAAGCAUUCCAAUCCUCCAUGGUAGCCUAAUGGGCAACAGGAACUUAUCACUACAAACUGGCUAGAGGUAGGAAUUCACGACUGAAUGGAGGAGGCAAAAAUAUACCUACUUUGAUGCUGUAGGUUCUGGACGUUUCCUAUCCUGCAGUGACGUGACCCUGGAGUUUCUGCAUCUCACACAACCACACUUGUGUUCAUAGUGAAAUCAAGUACAGUUUUAUUUAAGAAUCGGAAAGAAUAAUCAGUAUCUGUGAAAGAAAAUCCCAUUUAAAAUAUUUAAAUAAACAUCUCUGUAUGUAAAAAGAAGAGUAGAAUAAUUACUCUGUUAAAUUACUCUCCUUGUGACGGUAUGGGCUGCCUCCACUCAGGAUGGGCUGGACAUGGACGUCCAUGAUAUGUGUCAAGUCUUUUACAGCAGGACAUGGACAGUGAGCAUGUCCCACCACGAGAGGGUGAGGUCUUCUAACUCUGCCAAAUCACUACAAAAGCAGACUACGGUGGGACAUCAUACUACCUACAGCAGUAGAAAGUGCAGAGGAGGCACAGUGCUUUACCGUGCCUGCUAUGGGGGCUGCUACCCACGAGC